AGUGUGUUGCCGGACAUGAACGAGGCCGUGGUACAGCAAUCAAUAGCCAGCCAUGACUGGCGGUGUGUAGUGCUGCAUGGGUGCGUGGCUGGCACUGUAAGAUCGGUCGGCGAGGCGCGUCGGCUGUUUCCAGAGGCAACUGGCAAGACAAGAAUCAUGGGCUCAUUCAAACAGAUAGUUUCCCGCUUUCUGCAGCCCGCCAUUUUCCCCUUCUAUGUGCUGCUGUUGGUCUAUCUGGUCACGUACAAGCCCCACGUGGCACGUCCGGAUGAGUGCAUCACGGCAGCCAUCUUGAAAAUUCUUCCUAUUUGGUUCUUGGUAUACUACACCUACCAAAGACAAGAAACAACCGGCGCGCCGCCUGCCGGCCGGAACUACUUCCUGUACGGCCUGAUGAUCUCAAGCCUGGGCGACGUCUGCUUGGUCUACCAGAAUCUUUUCAAGCCGGGGGUAGGGGUGUUCGGGAUGGCCCAGCUCUGCUACUUGCUCCACUUCAGGCGAGGCUGCACGCGUCAGACCCGCGCCUGGAUCGCCCCACUGCUCGGCGCAUGCGUGUACGUGAUAUUGUUCCCGGGGAUGGAGGAGACGUCGAUGCGUCUGAUCGUCCUGCUCUACACCUGCCUCAUCCACGCCAUGCUCUACUACGCCAUCUCGGGCUAUGAGAGCCGCCCCUCACCCUCGUCUUUUUGUGCCAUGCUCGGGGCUUUCGUGUUCAUAUCUUCAGACUUCACCAUCGCCUUCAGUAAAUGGGUGUACGAGUUUAGUCUGGCUGAGGGGGUCAUUAUGGCCACCUAUUACACCGCCCAGCUCCUCCUGACCAUUGGGAACAGUUAAAGACGUCCACUGGUGGGAAAGCAUCAUGACAUGUUUACAAUGACAACUAUUUCACCAAAUGACAACUGACAUUUGACUAAAGUCACAAGGUUAGAAGAUGAAAAAAAUGCUUUUCCACCAGUGAACAUUAAUUUAUAACUAGUAAGAAAGUAUUUAAAUUUCUCUUAAGACUGA